CUUAACGCCAUUCCUCAGUCAGACGAGCAAUAUGACCCAUUUGCAGAGCAUCGUCCACAGAAGAUCGCAGAGCGGGAAGAUGAGUACAAAGCCCGACGUAUGCAGAUGAUCAUCUCGCCUGAGCGUCUCGACCCUUUUGCAGAUGGUAAAUUUAGCUAUUUUUUUGCCUUUAUUACAUCCUGCCCAUUAUCUCCCCCCUUUUCAUGGUUCACGUUUUUUUUGUGACACCCCCCCCCCCCCCCCCCCCCCCCCCCCCCCGACUGCCAAUGGUUUUACAUCCAUAGUUUUGCUGUUCAACCCUUCGAUCACAAUGCAAUAGCUUGCUUCCCAGAUUUGAUGCCUUUCCUGUGGUCAAUCCUCUGGGGUCCAAGAACAUCUUGUGUCUUUGUACAUUUUCUUCCUAAUACAUGGCUGAUAUUUGAAUCAAUUUUGCAACAAAUGUCCGUGUGGACACAAAGUUUAUCUUCAGUAUUUUGGUUUGGGAAAGUUUUAUUGUUAUGAGCUGAAUGCACAAUGGGAUAUUUUGUCCUGGUGUGUGCAUUAAAAUAAAAUCCAUUGUAGGGUUACCAUUUCUUUUUGUGAGAGAGGUGGUUAGGUGGUCAGUGCUCAAAGGGGGCGAUUCACCUAACAAACAUGGGUUGCAGGUGGGUCGUAUGUGAGUCGAAGGGUUAACAAUCCCAUGUGACCGUCAGCCUAAAUUAUGAUGGGAAAGUGCAGUAUACUCUUGUCAUAUCAUAUAAGGAUGAGAAAUGAAAGUGUGAGGGUUAGCUGUAGUGUAAUUCACCUGCUAAUGCACUGUGCCAUGCCAUGCGUAGCACAGCAGCUGAUGCCAAAUAGUGACCAGAGCUUUAGAUCCCAAAGCUGGCAGAGGAAAGAAAUGUGCUGGCUCGCUUCAACUUAGUCAACCCAGAGUGACUGAGGUUAAGAAAAGAAAAGUCAUGAACUCAAUGAGUCUCAUUUGUCUGGGCUUGUAGUUUAAGCUGCUUGUGGUAACUUAUCUCCUCUGUUCACUGGUCAGACUUGAUAGAUCUGCAAGGCCCUUAAGCCCCAACAUAAGACACUGCAUGGCAGAUAGUUCAAACUUAAUGUGGCCAGCUUCUCUAAGAUUUGAGGACUGUAAUUUAUAGUAAUCAUAGUAGUAAUGUUAUAAAUGGAGCUUAUCACGAAUCAAUAUUUUAUGGUUAGUGUGAAACUAGCACAGUAAGUUGCAUCAAGUAUUUAGUAUUUGGAUAAAAGCACAAAUGAUAUUUGAGCCAGUUAGUUAAACUUUCAAUCCAUCUUCACUUCCUCCAACAAUGAGUUAAAAAUGACCUGAAUGUUUCAGGUUUGGUGUAGUUAGGGCUUAUCUAAAGCCUGCAUGUAGAGAGAGCUCUUUGUACAACAUUGUUGUGUAAAUAUAUUUUUAUUUUACAACUCUCUCUGUAAAAUAGAAAUAUGUUAUCAAGAAAAUUGUGUACCACAAUACCACAGGCCCAUACUAACUGUCCUUAAUUUCUCUCCUACAGCAGUACUGCUUUGCCAGUCCUGUACUGCACUCUGUUAAGGGUGCAGCAACUCAUCCUGUGUAGGUUAUGGGGAACACAGAGAACUGUGCACUUGUCAGUUUGGUCAGGGCUCACUUGCUGCUAAUUUGACCUGGGGCCUGUGAGGGGAAUCAGAUGCAGCCCAGCCACAACAAAGUUUUUAUUUUUAAUUUGGCCCCUGAACUUCCAACAAAGUUGGAGAAAAAACUUUUAUGCAUUUAUGAUUGACUACACAUCUUUGUCAUCUUUUAUGAGGCACCUUUGUCCUGAAAACGAAGUCAAGUUAAAUUUAUGAUUUGAUGAUUUAAUCAGUGCCUUUAUGAGUCAGAAUGAACAGUGUGGCUUUAGCAUGUCAUAUUAUCAUAUUUCUGAGCAGAAAUUGUGUAAUCACAGUCGGGCUGAAGUUGUUUUUUGUUAUAACUAAUUUUAUAUUUAAAAGCAAAAACUCUUUAUUGUGCUAUGAUAAUGUUAAUCCUAUGAAAAUCAAAAUCUUGACUUCAUUUUAAAUGAUUACGGAUCUGGACCACAGGGUCCUCUAUACAUUUUUUUUCUAGUUUUGUGGUUAUGCCCCAAGAAGAUACUUUGUUUUUUUGAGUGCCGUAUAUCAAUGCAACACAGGUGGUAUACUGUUGUGUGUGACUUCAAACCCUUUUCCAAAGUGUUACUAAUGGUAAAGAGAAAUUUUCUAGGCUUCUUUUCUGCCGGUUGAAGUCUGACUGCAGAGGGACCCUUGGCACUGAAAGUGGGGCAAAACACCGGACCCCAAGCUGCAGGUCAGAUCAUAUGUGGACGUCAUGAUGGAGCAGAAUCUGUCCAAAGAGGAGAGGGAGAUUCGUCAGCAGCUGGCAGAGAAGGCCAAAUCGGGGGACCUGAAAGCUGUCAACGGGUCCGCUGCCGCUCAAGCUGCAACAAAACGUAAGCGUCGAUGGGACCAGACAGCUGACCAAACCCCCUCCAAUGCUACUCCCAAAAAGAUGUCCAGCUGGGACCAGGCUGAUAACAACGCUGAGACUCCAGGACACACACCUGCACACACACCCUCCAACAGCCGAUGGGAUGAAACCCCUGGCCGCCCUAAAGGCAGUGAGACUCCAGGAGCCACACCCAGUACCCGCAUGUGGGAUCCCACUCCCAGCCACACACCUGCUGGUGCCGCCACCCCUGGCAGGGACACACCUGGACACGCCACACCGGGCCACGGUGGACAAACAGGAAGUGUUCGCAAGAACCGCUGGGACGAAACCCCAAAGACAGAAAGAGAGACCCCCGGACACGGGAGCGGCUGGGCUGAAACCCCACGCACAGACAGAGGAGAUGAGUCGGUGGGUGAGACUCCAACACCAGGGGCCAGUAAGAGGAAGUCUCGUUGGGAUGAAACCCCUGCCAGUCAGAUGGGCUCCUCAACACCAUUACUUACCCCAGGAAAGACUCCCAUAGGAACCCCCGCCAUGAACAUGGCCACCCCGACACCAGGUCACCUGAUGAGCAUGACUCCAGAGCAGCUGCAGGCAUGGAGAUGGGAGAGGGAAAUUGAUGAGAGGAACCGACCUCUCACAGACGAUGAGCUCGAUGCCAUGUUCCCAGAGGGAUACAAGGUCUUGCCUCCACCAGCCGGCUACGUGCCAAUCCGUACCCCGGCCCGUAAGCUGUCAGCUACACCCACCCCAAUUGGUGGCAUGACGGGCUUCCACAUGCAGGUAGAGGACCGCACAACAAAACAGAUGAAUGACCAGCCCUCAGGAAACCUCCCCUUCCUCAAACCUGAUGACAUCCAGUAUUUUGACAAACUGCUGGUUGAGGUUGAUGAGUCCACGCUGAGCCCUGAAGAGCAGAAAGAGAGGAAGAUCAUGAAGCUGCUGCUAAAGAUUAAAAAUGGAACACCACCCAUGAGGAAGGCGGCUUUGCGUCAGAUCACAGAUAAAGCUCGUGAGUUUGGAGCGGGCCCCUUGUUCAACCAGAUCCUGCCACUGCUCAUGUCGCCCACCCUGGAGGACCAGGAGCGCCACUUGCUGGUUAAAGUCAUCGACCGCAUUCUCUACAAACUGGACGACCUGGUCCGACCAUACGUACACAAGAUCCUGGUGGUGAUUGAGCCCCUGCUGAUUGAUGAGGACUACUACGCCAGAGUGGAAGGCAGAGAAAUUAUUUCCAACUUGGCAAAGGCUGCUGGUUUGGCUACGAUGAUCUCCACAAUGCGACCUGAUAUCGACAACAUGGACGAGUACGUCAGAAACACCACAGCCAGAGCCUUCGCCGUGGUGGCCUCUGCCCUCGGUAUUCCCUCUCUGUUGCCCUUCCUCAAAGCUGUGUGUAAAAGCAAGAAGUCCUGGCAGGCCCGACAUACAGGCAUCAAGAUCGUCCAGCAGAUCGCCAUCCUCAUGGGCUGCGCCAUUCUGCCCCACCUCCGCAGCUUGGUGGAGAUUAUCGAACACGGUCUGGUGGAUGAGCAGCAGAAGGUGAGGACCAUCAGUGCUCUGGCCAUAGCUGCUCUGGCUGAAGCUGCUACACCCUACGGUAUCGAGUCCUUUGACUCAGUCCUCAAGCCACUGUGGAAGGGUAUCAGACAGCACAGAGGAAAGGGUCUGGCUGCCUUCCUCAAAGCUAUCGGCUACCUGAUCCCUCUGAUGGACGCAGAGUAUGCCAACUACUACACAAGAGAGGUGAUGUUGAUCCUCAUCAGAGAGUUCCAGUCCCCCGAUGAGGAGAUGAAGAAGAUUGUCCUCAAGGUGGUGAAGCAGUGUUGCGGCACGGACGGUGUGGAAGCCAACUAUAUCAAGACUGAGAUCCUGCCCCCCUUCUUCAAGCACUUCUGGCAGCACAGGAUGGCUCUGGACAGACGUAACUACAGACAGUUGGUGGACACUACAGUGGAGUUGGCCAACAAGGUGGGAGCAGCAGAGAUCAUUUCUCGCAUCGUGGACGACCUGAAAGACGAGGCCGAGCAGUACAGAAAGAUGGUGAUGGAGACCAUCGAAAAAAUUAUGGGCAACCUGGGAGCAGCCGACAUCGACCACAAGCUGGAAGAGCAGCUGAUUGACGGCAUCCUGUACGCCUUCCAGGAGCAGACAACAGAGGACUCUGUGAUGUUGAAUGGUUUUGGCACCGUAGUAAACGCCCUCGGGAAGCGUGUGAAACCCUACCUGCCUCAGAUCUGCGGUACCGUGCUGUGGCGUCUGAACAACAAGUCGGCCAAAGUCCGUCAGCAGGCUGCCGACCUGAUCUCUCGCACCGCCGUCGUCAUGAAGACUUGCCAGGAGGAGAAGCUGAUGGGUCACUUGGGUGUGGUGCUGUAUGAGUACCUGGGAGAAGAGUACCCUGAGGUGCUGGGUAGCAUCCUGGGAGCACUGAAGGCCAUUGUUAAUGUUAUUGGUAUGCACAAGAUGACUCCACCAAUCAAAGACCUCCUCCCCCGUUUAACCCCCAUCCUGAAGAACAGACACGAGAAGGUGCAGGAGAACUGUAUCGACCUGGUGGGAAGGAUUGCAGACAGGGGUGCUGAAUACGUGUCAGCCAGGGAGUGGAUGAGGAUUUGUUUUGAGCUGCUGGAGUUGCUCAAAGCUCACAAGAAGGCCAUCCGCAGAGCUACCGUCAACACGUUUGGUUACAUCGCCAAAGCCAUCGGUCCCCAUGACGUAUUAGCCACGCUGCUCAACAACCUGAAGGUCCAGGAGCGUCAGAACCGCGUCUGCACAACGGUGGCCAUCGCCAUCGUUGCAGAGACCUGUUCGCCAUUCACAGUCCUGCCCGCGCUCAUGAACGAAUACCGCGUGCCUGAGCUCAACGUGCAGAACGGCGUGCUCAAGUCCCUGUCCUUCCUGUUCGAGUACAUCGGAGAGAUGGGCAAAGACUACAUCUAUGCCGUCACGCCGCUGCUGGAGGACGCACUCAUGGACAGAGACCUGGUCCACAGACAGACAGCCAGUGCCGUGGUCCAGCACAUGUCUCUUGGCGUUUACGGUUUUGGCUGCGAAGACUCCCUCAACCACUUGCUCAAUUAUGUUUGGCCUAACGUAUUUGAGACGUCGCCUCACGUAAUCCAGGCUGUCAUGGGUGCACUGGAGGGACUAAGGGUCGCCAUCGGGCCCUGCCGCAUGCUUCAGUACUGCUUACAGGGUCUGUUCCAUCCAGCCAGGAAGGUGAGAGACGUCUACUGGAAGAUUUACAACUCCAUCUACAUCGGUUCACAAGACGCCCUCAUUGCUCACUACCCACAGGUCUACAACGACGAGAAAAACAUGUACGUCCGCUAUGAGCUGGAAUAUGUCUUGUAAAUACAAAUGUAUGUUCUCUCAGUUUUUUCUGCUCCCUCAAUUAUCACUCUCUGCUGUCUUAUCUAUCCUGGUCUAGGACUCAGUCAGUUUUUACCUAGCAACUGUAUGUUGGUCUUUCCCCCGGGCAGAACAAUCCAAUAGAGGCACACAUUAAGCCUCUGCUGGACGCCACUUAUCAAACGGAAUUUUAAAAAUGAGCGUGACAGUAGGUGAAAUAAAACAAGGGACACAGUCAAGUUUGUAUGUACUUUUUUUUCUCUAUUUUUAUUUUUUUUUUGCAAUGUUUUUUUUUUGUGAAGAAUGAUUGACGUCAGUCAAACCUUGAUUGAGGAAUGCAGGGCAGUUGUCAAAUGUUUUAAAUAUUUGGAUAUUUUUGUGUGUAUUGAUAGGGCUCUGCACUGGCUGCUCCAUUUACACACCCUCUCCUCAGUUCACACUUCCUCUGUUAUUAGAUUGUUUUUAUUUAACCAAAUAAAAUGUUUGUGUAUAAAAUUGA